AUGGCUCCCAGUUUGUCUCAGGCGUACAGGAGGAGAUGGUGGAUGGCAAUCACAGCCAUCAUAGAGAAUCUGCUCUUCUCCGCUGUUCUGGGCUGGGGCUCUCUGCUCAUCAUGUUGAAGAAUGAAGGCUUCUACUCACACCUCUGUGUUGAAAAUGAUACUAUUAAUGCCACUAUUAACUCCAUGGAGAGAGGUCACUGGCCAAGUUGUGUGGAGCAGGAGGAGGUAUUGAAUCUGGGCUUCACAAUCGGCUCGUUCCUCUUGAGUGCUGCCACUUUACCACUCGGGAUCCUGAUGGACAAAUAUGGACCACGCCCUCUGAGGCUUGUCGGCAGUUCGUGCUUCGCAGCCUCAUGUGCAAUGAUCGCUGCUGCUGCUCACAACCCAGAAGCGCUGUCUGUCCUCAUCUUCCUUGCUGUCUCCUUCAAUGGCUUUGGAGGAAUAUGCCUUACCUUCACCUCCCUCACACUGCCGAACAUGUUUGGGAACGUUCGAUCGACCAUCCUCUCCCUGAUGAUUGGAUCCUACGCUUCUUCAGCCGUUACCUUUCCUGGGUCAAAGGUGAUUUAUGACUUUGGUGUGUCGUUCCGUGUCAUUAUGUGGACGUGGUCUGGUAUGGCCUGUAUGGUCUUCCUCAACUGCUUCCUAAACUGGCCCACUGAAUCCUUCCCUGCUCCUGAGGACGUCAGAUACACUAAAAAGGUAAAGCUGAGUGGGGUUGUAACGACGGACAAGUUGACUGGGGAAAGCUACGUCACCCAUGUGAGCAUCAUGGAGGACACAAUGGGACCCAAACAGACAGAACCUGAGAAAACAGACUCACCACAAACCACCCAGGGUUCUAUGCCUCUCUGUCACUCCAUGUGCUCUCCCAUCUUCCUGUGGAGUGUCAUCACCAUGGCCAUGACCCAGCUGAGGCUGAUCUUCUUCAUGGGUGCCAUGAACAAGAUGCUGGAGUUUCUGGUUACACAUGGAGACCCUCACCCCUCAGAAGAGCUGCAGAAGGAGGUGGAUGACCAAGUCGGAUUCUACUCGUCCAUCUUUGGUACAAUGCAGCUCCUUUGUUUGCUGACGUGUCCUCUGAUUGGUUACAUCAUGGACUGGAGGAUGAAGGAGUGUGAGGAUGAAGAUGCAAACACAAAAACGGAAAAGAGCCAAUCAGAUCUUCCAAAGAGAGACCGAAGGAUCCAGAAGCUGACCAAUUCCAUGAGAGCUUUCAUCUUCACCAACCUCCUGUUGGUCACCUUUGGGAUAAUUUCCCUGAUUGAUAACCUGCCUUUACAGGUGCUGUCGUUUGUUCUGCAUACCAUAGUGAGAGGAUUUAUCCACUCUUGCUGCGGAGGUCUCUAUGCUGCUGUGUAUCCUGCCAAUCACUUUGGGACACUGACAGGAAUGCAGUCAAUGAUCAGCGCUGCUUUUGCACUGCUCCAACAGCCCCUGUUUAUCAUGAUGGUUGGACACCUGAAUGGAGAUCCCUACUGGAUCAACAUUGGACUACUCAUCUUCUCCCUGGCUGGCUUUCUGUUGCCUGGCUAUCUGUUUUAUCACCGUAGAAACCUGACUUUGGCAAAGGCAGCACGUGAUUGGUUUUCAGCCAGCCAGUCAGACAAAGAGAUGGUUCCUCUAAACCACUCAGCAAAUGGAAUUGCAAAUGGCAAAGCCAAUUGCCAUGUAGCUAAUGGUUACACAUCAAACGGGCACAAUUGUUAAGAUUAUCCAUUGGAUAUAUGGUUCAGUAGUUUAACAAACUUUGAUGCAGCCUCACUCUGGACUGAAGACUAUGACAUCUCGAUAUAACAAAACAGGAAAACAAUUAUUGAACAGACAUGAACAAGUACGUGCUACGGAUACAACUAAUAAGAGAAACAGUGAAACUAAGACUCGGUGGGGACAGGUGGUCAGGCUCUCCACAGCU